CUUGCCGUAGUUGUUGGGAAAACGUGGGUUAAAUGUCAGCGGUUUUGCCUGCAGUGUAAACAUAUUUAAGAACUGCUUAAAUGCAACUCCAAUAAAAUAUAUACAGACACCCUAUACACUAUUUGGAGGACUACGAGGACCAUGGCAGACCUUGCCCCAUCCCUGGCCCGGGAGGCGGUGCUUAAGGAGAGCUCCGCCCUCCCCGCAGACAUGCUGCGAAUCAGAGGCUACGACUUCAACCAGGGGGUGGACCAUCAUGCGCUGCUCCAGUCCUACCUCACCACGGGCUUCCAGGCCAGCAGCUUUGGGUUGGCCGUGCAGGAGAUCAACAAGAUGAUAGAGAAGCGUCUGGAGCCUGUGGAGGAGGAGGAGGAGGGUGAGGGUGAGGGUGAGGGUGAGGGGGGCAGUCACGUCUCAGGUGCCCGCUCGGGCUGUACCAUCUUCCUGGGGUACACCUCCAACCUCAUCAGCUCCGGAGUGAGGGAGUCCAUCCGCUACUUGGUGCAGCACAAAAUGGUGGAUGUGAUUGUGACGACAGCCGGGGGGGUGGAGGAGGACUUGAUCAAGUGUAUGGCCCACACCUACCUGGGGGACUUCCACCUGCCAGGCAAAGAGCUGAGACAGAGAGGCAUCAACAGGAUUGGGAACCUGCUGGUGCCUAAUGAUAACUACUGUAAGUUUGAGGACUGGCUGAUGCCCAUACUGGACCAGAUGGUAGAGGAGCAGAAGACGGAGGGUGUGCACUGGACCCCGUCUAAGAUGAUCCACAGGCUCGGAAAAGAGAUCAACAACCCAGAGUCUGUCUACUACUGGGCUUACAAGAACGACAUCCCGGUGUUCAGUCCGGCUCUGACCGACGGCUCGCUGGGGGACAUGAUCUACUUCCACUCAUACAAGAACCCGGGUCUGGUGCUGGACAUCGUGGAGGACAUCCGCAGGUUGAACAGUAAAGCAGUGUUUGCCAAACGCACUGGAAUGAUCAUCCUGGGAGGCGGACUGGUCAAACAUCACGUUGCUAACGCCAAUCUCAUGAGGAACGGGGCAGACUAUUCUGUGUUUGUGAACACGGGUCAGGAGUUUGACGGCUCUGAUUCAGGUGCGCGGCCCGACGAGGCAGUGUCCUGGGGGAAGAUCCGCAUGGACGCCAAACCGGUCAAGGUGUGUGUGUGUGUGUGUGUG